AUGAAGGUACAUGAAGAAGAUAUUCGUUUUUCGAUCUCACCAGAUGAGGACGGUGAGAUCGAAAAACGAAUAUCUUCUUCAUGUACUUUCAUUCGAAAUGAAGGUCCCCCUAACAAAGCUACAACAUGUGCAGGCUGGCACACAACAGACUGGGGUAUGGGAAAGUCAUACUCCCGAGUCUGGGAAGGUUGGCUCGCGAUACACAGUUUGCGUCAACCGGCGUGGUCUGUGAAGCAGCGGCUCGAUCAGCUGCACAUGUCGAACGGCGAUAGGGAAAUCUUGUGCGUCAAGUUAGGCUUCGAUGCAUCUUGA